GGGCGAGAAAUCAUCUCCAGAGGGCGGGUCUGCUAACGGAAAGGGGCGGGGUUCCAUGGCCAGCUCGGGCCGCGUGCUCCCCACCACACAAGUGGGUCGCGGACCACCACGCGAGGAGCGCAGGCGGUGCUUGAGUUCUCAUUUCCAGGGGGAUCCCAGCCUCUGCCAAACGCUUCAGACCAGAGUCCUGAGGGUCCUGUGCAGCCAUGUGUCCCCAGCCACACAACCACUGCUUCUCUGCUGCAUAUCCAAGUGCCUCUCGUGAGGUGCUCAGCUUUGCCAAACCCGUAUCAUUCUCCUGAAACAAGAAUGUCUGGGAGGAGAAGAACCUUUUCAUUGCCAUUUGUGGGUGAGCUAGAGACCUCAGGUCUGAACCUGGACCACCUGGACCCUUACCUACCCUUUAAGGGUGUGAGAAAUAGAGCUGGAACCGAAACCCUGACCUCUCUCUCACUGCGUCGUCUUUCUGUGCACCGCCCAGAUGGCUGAUUCUGACCCUGGAGAAAGAAACUAUGACAACAUGCUGAAAAUGCUGUCAGACCUGAAUAAAGACUUGGAAAAGCUACUGGAAGAGAUGGAGAAAAUCUCAGUGCAAGCCACAUGGAUGGCCUACGACAUGGUGGUGAUGCGCACCAACCCCUCGCUGGCAGAGUCCAUGCGCCGGCUGGAGGACGCCUUCCUCAACUGCAAGGAGGAGAUGGAGAAGAACUGGCAAGAGCUGCUCACUGAGACCAAGCAUAAACAGUAGGCCCCUUGCCCACCGCGGCCCCACGCUGCCCUCGCCGCCGUGGAGAAGCUCCUGAGGCGUGGAGCCUUCUCUGCUGGCUGAGGAACAGCGACCAGAAUAGACAGCUGUGUGAACCGUACUUGUUUCUCAAUAAACUUAUUUUUAAGAACA